AUGGUUCUGAAGCCGGCAACAGUGGCGGUUGUGGGUGCAGGUCCAGCUGGGGUAGCUGCUCUGAAGAGUUUGCUUGAUGAAGGCUUCGAUGCGACAGCUUUUGAAAGGCGGCCUCAAGUUGGUGGCGUCUGGACAGCAUCCGAAGAUCCUGGGCACGUCUCUUCAAUAAGCUGCACGAAGUAUCAGACCAGCAAAUUCUCCUGUCCGAUAGCUGAUUAUCCUGUACCGGAUGAAUACCCUCUACACGUUACUGCGCCUCUUUGGGGUGCAUACUGGAGAUCUUAUGUCAGUGAUACUGGCCUCGAGCAAUACAUCGAGUUCAACAAAACCGCUGUAUCCGUCAAGCGAAAUGAAGAAGACACCAAAUGGCUUCUCUGGUUCGAUGAUGAAGAGUAUGCCAGAGAGUUUGAUAAGAUUGUUUGGGCCACAGGUUGUGACACGAUUCCAAAAUUACCCAGGAUAGAAGGCCAGCAGCGCUUCGAGGGCCGAAUCCUGCAUUCUAUCAAAUACGUCGAUGCUCAAGAGUUCAAAGAUCAGAAUGUUAUUGUACUCGGUUUGGGUAACACUGCCGCCGACAUUGCCGUUGACCUCGCGUCUCAGGCGUCCAAAACGUACAUCUCUCAUCGUCGUGGGGCUAAGAUUCUGCCUCGGCUCAACAAAGAGGGCAAGCCACUGGACUUCGCGUCAUCCUGGAGUACCACCAGAAUGGCCUAUUGGAUGGGUGAGUACUUACCGAAGCUGUAUAACACCUUGACCGACUGGGCCAUUAGCAAGAUGGUAUUGAAAGCCUGGGGACCUCAGGAUCCAGCCUGGGGGUUUGAGCCAUCACCCGGAUGUGAAGAUUACUCGACACCGACCAUUAAUGAUGAACUUAUCCCCAUGGUUCGAGGAAAGAAGGUCGAGUCGGUAUCGAAGAUCAAAGCUAUUAUUGGACCGAAGAUGGUUCUUCUGGACAACGGUGACCUUAUCGACGAUAUCGACGCCAUCGUCCUGGGUACAGGCUACAACAAUGACUUCGGUAUCCUGAACGACGCGUUGACCUGGACUGUCAUCGAUCCUAAGCUCCCCCUUCCAAACUUAUACCAAAAUGUUUUCCCACCAGAGUACCCUGAGUCGAUUGCAUGCAUCUGCUACCCCAUGGUCCCCGAAAGCGGUGGAAGCCUUAGAGAACUGACAGCAAUGGCUGUCGCGCAAGUAUGGGCUGGAAAGUCAAAUCUUCCAGACCAAGACACAAUGUGGCAGUGGAUCUACGAGUAUCAGCCAUGGCUGACCCAUGGCCGACAGAAGUUCGACAGUCACUACAAAGGGAAACUGAAGCCAUAUCACUGGCUGCGCUGGGUCCAUGAAUGCGCCGGUACUGGCCUGUACGAGAGAAUCGGCUGGAGUAGUAAUGCGUGGAAGUUCUGGUGGAGCGACCGCAAGUUCUACAAGAUAUGCGCUGAUGGUGUGUUCACGCCCCAUCUUUACCGCCUAUUUGAUACGGGGAAGCGUAAGGCUUGGCCUGGCGCUCGGGAAGCAAUCAUCAAGGUCAACGAGGAUCGCGCUGCCCUGCUCUCGUCAAAAACGAAACGACGGAAGGAAAACGUUGGCGGUGAACUGGGCAACAAACUGCCCAAAUCAGUGACGACCUCAUCAACCACUAUACAUUCGAGCUUAACGCCAUCACAACCAUGA